AUGGUGCGCGGGAAGGAGUUCGGGCGCGGGCGGUACGGCGUGGUGCGGCCGUGCGUGCACCGCAAGACGGGGCGCGUGCUGGCGUGCAAGCCCGCACCCUCCCUCACACCCUCCCCCGUACCUCCCUCCCCAUCAGCGCACUCCCUCCCCGACCUUCUCCCCCAUCCCCCAUUGCACCCCCCCCGCUCUCCCUCUCCCGCGCUCUCCCGCUCCCCCGCUCCCGCGCGCGCGCAGGAGGAGCAGCAGGUGGAGGAGCUGCGCACGGAGAUGGCGGUGAUGCGCGCGGUGGUGGGGCACGCGCACAUAGUGGAGGCGGAGGCGGUGUACGAGGACGACGAGCACGUGCACAUGGUCAUGGAGCUCUGCCAUGGCGGGGACCUCUUUGACCUCCUCGCGCGCUCCGACCACCUCUCCGAGAGCGACGCGCGCCACAUGUUCAGGAAAAUAGUGGACGCGGUGGGGUACUGCCACGGCAAGAGCAUAGUGCACCGCGACCUCAAGCCCGAGAACAUUCUUCUGGCCGACGCCACCGCGCUCAACCCCAAGCUCGCCGACUUUGGCCUCGCUGUGCACCUGCCCCCGGGCGCGCGCGCAGUGGGGCUGGCAGGGUCGUCGUUCUACAUGGCGCCGGAGGUCGUGCAGGGCAUGGCCUACUCUUUCCCCGCUGAUGUCUGGAGCUUAGGAGUGCUGCUCUACAUCAUGCUCUCAGGUGGGCGGUGGUGUGACAAGGUGACUUGUGAGUCGACUCAGAAGGCGGGCAGUGGGGCUGGCAGGGUCGUCGUUCUACAUGGCGCCGGAGUCGACUCUAAAGGCGUGCAGUGGGGCUGGCGGGCGGGGUCGUCGUUCUACAUGGCGCCGGUCCCGGAGGUCGUGCAGGGCAUGGCCUACUCUUUCCCCGCUGAUGUCUGGAGCCUCGGCGUGCUUCUCUACAUCAUGCUCUCAGGUGGGUGGGCGCUGGGACGCUCCCAGGUGGGCUGUGUCACUGUCCCUGUCCCUGCUCUGCUCCUAGCCUCAGCUGUCGCGCAAUGCAAACUGGCUCAGCUGAUGUCUGGUCUGGAGCCUCGGCGUGCUACUCUACAUCAUGCUCUCAGGUGGGCUGUCCUCUGCUCCCACCUCGCAUCGCACCGCUCUAACGUUCCCUGCCCUCUCGCGCCAUGCCCGCCCGCCCUCCCUCCUUGCACGCCUCUCCUCUGCCCAACCCCCCAAUCCCCCCCCCCCCCGGUGCCCCCCCCUCUCGCCAGUCAUCCCACCCUUCGUUUGAAACGUCUCAGCACUCUCCCCUGUCCACCCCCGCAUUGCCCCCUUGCGCUUCCCCCCCGGCCAGGCAUCCUGCCCUUCAUUUCAGACGUCCCAAACCUCUCCGCUGCCCGCCCCCGCAUUUCCCCCCUGUGCUGGCCAGGCAUCCUACCCUUCUGGGGCGAGACGGUGGAGGAGACGUAUGAGAGCACGGUGGAGGAGACGUAUGAGAGCGUGUGUCAGGGGUACUUAGACUUCACCUCACGGCAGUGGCAGCUCAUCUCGCCCGCAGCCAAGGAUCUCAUACAGCGCAUGUGCUCGCUAGACCCCCAGCACCGCCCCUCCCUGCACCACGUCCUCUCCCACCGCUGGCUCGCUGUUGCUGCUGCUGUUUCGACUGCCGGUGGCGCUGCUUCGUCCUCCUCCUCCUCCUCCGCCUCCUUCUCCUCCUCCUCGCUCUCCCCUGCUCCCUGCAAGCUUGCUCUUGCCCGUGCCGGCUCUCUUUUCUCCCCUUCUGUCUCUGCCGCUGCUGCCGCUGCUGCUGCUGCUGCCCUUGCUGAUUCUGCUGGUGAUGGGGUUGACGCGGACGAAGCGGUGGGUGUAGCGGCGGUAGCAGCAGGCGCUGCUGCUACAGCCACAGCUGGUGCCGCUGAUGCGGCUGCUGCUGCUGGUGGUGGUGGCGGUACCGGUGGUGCCGGUGGUGGUGCUGUUGGUGCGGGUUCGAGCGCAAGCAAGUAUAGGAGAGCGCAGCCGCGGGGAGAGAUGGCAUUGAAAAGGCGGGUGCUGCCUCUACGAUCCAAGAGCGGUAUUGAUAGUGCUCUCAUGUCCGCUGCCUGGAGAGCGCCUGACAGGGUUGAUAUUGGUGGCGGUGCCGAUGUGCGUGCAGAGGAAGGGAAGGCGGAGGAUGGGGAGGAGGACGGGGAGGAGGGGGAUGAAGGGGCGGAGGAAGGGGAGGACGCGGGGGGUGAGGGGGGGAUGAGUGGGGAUGGGGAAGGGCGUGGUAGGGGAAGGGAUGGUGCGUGGGGUGGGGGGGCGGUAGAGGGUGAGGAUGGGGGGGAGGAUGAUGGGAUGGAAGAUGCGGAUGAGAGGACGGGUAGUGGGAGGAGGAGGAGGGUGGGCGGGAGGAGAGGAGCGGCAGGUGGAAGCAGAGCGGGGCGGGCGAGAGGGGUCAGUGGCAGCAGUGUUGGUUUAACUGCAGGAACAGCAGCUGCUGCUCACGUCUCCCCACGUGGAACCAGUUCUGCUGCUUCCUCUGCUUCUUCCUCUGCUGCCACGGCAGCGUUGAAUGCGGGGCCGAUGGAGGCUCGAGCAGGCAGUGCAGCAGUGUUGGCAGCAGAAGCGGAGGGCCUAGGCUGUGGCACGCCAAGGUCGGGGGGGCGAUCAGGGAGAGGGGGACUGGGUGCUGUGGACAUCGCUGGGGAAAGGGCUGGGGUAGACAGGGGUGGAAGGGAAACCAGGGGUGGGGAUGCUGAGGCAAGCGAGGGCACAGGGGUGGCAGCAGCUGGUGCAGCUGAUGGUGGUGGUGUUGGUGGGGUGUGGAGUCGGGGGGAUGAGAGAAGCAGGGAGGCAGCAGGUGCUGAUGCGCGGGGUGGCACUCGAGGCAGUGGCGGUGAGGAGAGACGAGGCAGUGCCAGCAGUGGUGCCUCUCCUGACCCUGCACCACCCAACGCAUCAGCAACAGCAGCAACAGGGGGAGGCGGCUCACCACAGGACAGUACAGCAGCAGCAGCAGCAGCGGACGGAGAGCAGGACGAAGGCGGGUCCUCCUCCUCAUCCUCGUCACAGCCGCGGCGGCGCCCCACGUACCAGCACAUCAGCAGCAUAGGCUCGUCCCGAGCAGGCAGGCGCGUGUGCGCGCCCGUGCAGCGGCCACGCACAGCAGAAACGAGGCCUGGAGGGGGAAUGGGGGGAAUGGGGGGAGUGGGGGGAGUGGGGGGAGUGGGGGGAGUGGGGGGAGUGGGGGGAGUGGGUAGGCGGGGAGGGAGCGCGCUUGCUAGUGGCAUUGGAGCGUCGUAUUUGGGGAGCUCUCCGCUCUCCCCCUGCUCUGUGCGCUCGCCUGGGCAGCCGGGCGGGGGUGCGGCUGCUAGGCUUGUUUCGCCACCGAGAAGACCGGGGCAGGGGCAGCAAAGGCAUUCCAGUGAAAGGAUAGCGAUUGGCAAGGGGCAGCACACAGGAGGGGUGCAUGCAGGGGGAACGCUUGGGGGGGGCGCGCAUGGGGGGGUAACGCAUGUGGGGGGAGCGCACAGGAUGGAAGAGGAGCGUGUGGGUGGAAGAGGGGGGCGGAUAGGGGGGGGAGGGCUGGCAGGUGGGGGGAGAGGGUAUGUCGGGGGAGGGGGGACGCAUACAGGAGGAGGGGAAAGGACAGGUCCGUCUGCUUUGAUAAACCCUCUACGGAGGGCUAGUAGUGGGGUAGUCGGUGGGGUUAGUGGUGGGGUAAGUGGUGGGACGAGUGCAGGGGGUGGUGUGGUGCUUGGGGUAUCCGGAGUUGGGGGAGGGAGAGGUGGCAAGGCAGGGGGGCGGAUGGGUGGCAGGGGCAGAGGGAUGGUAGGAGGAGGAGGAGGAGGGGUGGAUGCGAGGGGUUUACAGGAACGAGAGAGGGUCGGAGAGGAAGGGCGGCUGGAAGAGAGACGGCACGGGAUCGUGGAGAGUGGUGGUGCUGCUGCUGCUGCUGCUGCUGGUUACACCAGCAGCAGCAGCAGCAGUGUGGGCAGCGGUGCAAUGAGCAGCACGGGUACCAUUGCGGGACAGCGAAGCAGAGGGGGCCCUGCUUUGGGUACUGCAGCAGGGGCGGGUGGGCAGGGCAACCCUAGGGGCGGCAUGGUGGAAGCAAGGCGAGCAGGUACAGGUGCUGGUGCUGCCGCCGGGCAGCAGCAGCAGCAGCAGCAGCAGCAGCAGCAGCAGCAGCAGCAGCAGCAGCAGCAGCAGCAGCAGCAGCAGCAGCAGCAGCAGCAGCAGCAGCAGCAGCAGCAUCGCCAGCAGCUGACCUCAGAAACCCUGUCCUCCCCAUGGGCUGCCUCUGCGCAUCUCACACCAGUCACAGAGCAAGAUACAGACUCAGCCGUCAGCGCCCAAAUGAGCUCACAAACGAGUGCUCAAACGAGUGCCCAAGGGAGUGCCCAAGCAAGUGCGCAAGCAGCAGAGCUAGCAGCGGCGACAGCACGGCUUCAGAGGGCCAACCAGGCCAACCGCGGUGCUCCCUUCCGGCGCCAGAGCUCCGCUUCACCCAGGGACUCGCGCUGGGCUGUUGGGGUAGGGCUGGGCGGAGCAGCAGGCCCCGCGUCCAGGUUUGGGGCUAGGCUGAGCUGGGAGGGACCGAGUGAAGGGAAAGCGCGCGGGGUUGAUAGUGGCUUUGGUGGCGGGGAAGGGGGAGCGGUCGGAGGGUGGAUCGAUGGGUUGAGUGGGUUUGGAAGAGGUGGGAAUGAGGAGGCGAAGGGGAGAUUGACGGGUAGGGGUGGUGGUGGUGGUGCUUCUGGUGGUGGUGCUGGUGGUGGGAUGAGAGGCAGCGUAGGUGCUAGCAGAGCUGCUAAUUCAAGUGCUGGCUUCACUGUACCCUUGGGAGCAGCAGCAGCAGCACUGAACGCCGGUCACGCUCAUUUGAACUUGAAAAUGCGCUCACGAGCCCUACCAACCUCACAAGCCCCACCAACCGCUCCAGUUUCACCAGUCCCACCAGUCCCACCAGUCGCACCCUCACCUCUGCCCUUUCCUCCGCCCUCUCCUCUGCCCCCCGCCCACCCUCGAUACCCCGUCGCCUCUCCGCCUCCCAGGCUCGCCCGCGGGGAAAGCAGCAGGGAGGCAGUAGCGACGGCGCUCUUGCGGAUGGAAGAUGGAGAGAAGAGGGAUAAGAGGGUGAGGUGGGUGAAGAGGGAGAGGUGGGAGAAGAGGGGUGACUGA